AUGUGCCGAAUAUAAAGCAAAGCUACGCUUUCUCAACAAAGAUCCCUUCUCCCAAAAUAAAAUAAUGUCUAGGACCAUCAUAGGAGAAGGCAAAAAGGUGGUUUGCCCUCAUGCGCGCAUGUGUAUACAGAUGCUCCUUGCCCCACGAUUGGUCGAUCAUCAGGAGGUGGAAGGGGAAUGACACACAUUUGCGUGGAGUGA